CCGACUUCAAGGAGGGGCGAGCGACGGUGAGCGCCGAACAGGCUUGCAUCCAGGGGUCCUCCUUCUCUAUUGCACCGCGAUGUGGCCGUAUUACAUCGCCAUCGCCUCCGUCUUCGCCGCAGCCCUCUUCAUGCGCAUGGAGGCGCAGCAGCGCGGCGGCGCGGCCAAGGAGGCGGCGGCGGCUCGAAAGACAACGGCUGCCGCGCCGCCCAAGGAGGAGGUGGAUGAGGCGGAGCCGAGCGCGCUCAUCAAGGCGCACGCGCUGAGCGGGUACGCCUACCUCAUCGCCCGCGGCAAGGUCCUCGACCUCGUCGAGAAGCUCGUCGCCUUCCUCUUCUUUUGGCGACGCGCGGCCAGCGCCGCCCGCGGCAACACGCCCUCGGGCCAGCGGGUGGGACCGCCGAUCUGGACGGGGUGGCAGAUAUUUUACACGAAGCGGUUGUACCAGCGCAUCGUCGACUGCUGGAACCGGCCCAUCGCGGGUAUGGCCUCCUCUUCGAUUGACGUGUGCGAUCGCGCGCGCGACGGCAACGGCGAUGCGGCGGUCCUCGUCGACGUCAACGGCAACGGCAAAGGGGUGCUCGUCAUCUCGGACACGCUCAACCACGCAUCCAUCGUCGAGGGUGUGCGGGGCUCGGGCGCGCGCGUGCAACCGUUCGUGCACAACGACAUGCACCAGCUCGAGGCGAUCCUGGCGCGCGCGACUGAGCAGGGGCAGCCCGACGGCACGCCGUGGCGCAAGAUCAUCAUCAUCGUCGAGGGCAUCUACUCGAUGGAGGGGCAGUUCUGCCGCCUGCGCGAGGUGGUCGCGCUCAAGAAGAAGUACCGCGCGUACCUCUACCUCGACGAGGCGCACUCGGUCGGCGCCGUCGGCCCGCGCGGCCGGGGCGUGACGGACCACCUCGGCGUCCCGACCGCUGACGUUGACAUGAUGAUGGGCACUUUCACCAAGUCGUUUGGCUCGGUGGGUGGCUACAUAGCCGGCUCGCGCGACAUGGUCGAGGCGCUGCGCCGCCACUCGGCUGGCUCGCUGUACGCGCCCGCCAUGUCGCCGCCGGCUGUCCAGCAGGCCCUCUCUGCGCUGCGCGUCAUCAUGGGCUCCGACCCGUCCACGGGCGACCUCGGGCAGCGCAAGAUCAACCAGCUGCGCGAGAACUCGAACAUGUUCCGCAAGGGGCUCCUGGCGAUGGGGUGCCGCGUGCUCGGCGACCUCGACUCGCCCAUCACGCCCAUCAUGCUCUACCACCCCGAGAAGAUCUCGGGCUUCUCGCGCAACUGCCUCAAGCGCGCGCUGGCCGUCGUCGUCGUCGGCUUCCCCGCGACGCCGCUCCUCCUCUCGCGCUCCCGCUUCUGCAUCGCCGCCUCACACACGCGCGACGAGCUCGAGCACGCGCUGCGCAUGGUCGAGUCGGCCGGCCUCGAGACGGGCGUGCUCUACGACCGCGCCACGGCCGCCGCCGCGCUCGCGCGCGGCGAGGACCUGGACCAGCUCGCCAUCGAGCGCAAGCAGGAGCUGCACAACGCGCCGCUCGAUGCGCCCGGCUCGGUCACCGCGUGGGUGCCCGAGCCGCUCGUCUCUGCGGCGCCCGACGGCGAGACGCCGCGCGACGAGGUCUUCAAGCAGGCGGCGGCGGACGCGCUGCUCAAGGUGCCCGGCGAGCUCGACUUGCGCCGCACUGAUUUCCUCCGCAUGACGGUCGACCCGCGCACCAAGAGCGCCGCCGAGGCCGCGCUGUACAAGUACGGGUGCGGCACGUGCGGCCCGCGGGGCUUCUACGGCACGCUCGACGCGCACAUCCACAUCGAAAAGGCGCUCGCGACCUUCCUGGGCACCGAGCGCGCCAUCAUCUACUCGUUUGGCAUCGCCACCAUCUCUUCGGUUGUGCCCGCUUUCGUGCGCAAGGGCGACCUCCUUUUCGUCGACGACGGCGUCCACUUCACUGCCGCCGUCGGGACGCGGCUGGCACGCGGCUCCGUCCGCCCCUUUGCGCACAACGACGUCGCGGCGCUCGAGGCGGCGCUCGCGGCGCAGGCGCGCGCCGACGAGACACUGCCGCCCUCCAAGGUGGCGCGCCGCUUCGUUCUCGUCGAGGGACUCUACAUGAACUCUGGCGACGUCGCGCCGCUGACGGCCAUCCUCGAGCUGCGCAAGAAGUACGGGUUUUACCUCAUCGUCGACGACUCGCUCGGCUUCGGCUCGCUGGGCGCAACGGGCCGCGGCGCGCCAGAGCUGUGCGGCGUGCCCCCCCACGAGAUUGACCUCUACGUCGGCUCGCUCGAGCACUCACUCGGCUCCGUCGGCGGCUUUUGCGCCGGCUCGGCGCCGAUGGUGUCGCACCAGGUCCUCUCGGGCUCGGGGUAUUGCUUCUCAGCGUCGCUCCCCGCGUACGCCACCAUCGCGGCACACGAGGCGCUGCGCAUCAUCGACGCCGAGCCGGAGCGGCCCGCUCGACUCGCGGCCGUGUCGGCCGCCAUGGCAUCCGCGCUGCAGGAGGCGGUGGCGCCGUUGCCACACAUCGAGCUGCGGGCCUCUACCGACUCGCCGAUUGCGCAGGUGCGGCUCACGCCGCUCGCGCGUUCGGUGCUCACGCCGGCGCAGCAGGAGGCGGCGCUGCGCCGCGCCGCGGCCAAGGUAUCGGCCAGUGAGGGCGGCAUCGCCAUGCAGCUCGUCCGCCACUCGGCGCAGGCGCACGUGCAGGCGCCGCAGCCGGCGGCAUUGCGGCUGACCGCUCAUUGCGACGUGCGUAUCUCGGCGCUGGCGCCCUCGCUCCGGGUGUUGGCCGAGGCGCUUUCGGCUGAGCUCAGCGAGCAGUCGGUUGCGGCGAAGUUGCAGGCCGCGGCGAGCGAGGUGGUCAAGCCCAAGCUGCUCGAUUCCAAGGCGCUCUCGUCCGACGGGGUUGCCGCGGAGGCGGCGACAGCGCGCACGCUCGACAAUGUGCCCGUCAAGGGGAACGUCUCCGUGGCGCUCGAGUCGGAGGUGCCCAACGUGACCGUCCCGAUCGUGCUCCUCGUCAACGUCUUCCGGCAAACGGUGCGGCGGUACAUCCAGCGGCAGAUGGAGCUGCACGAGCUCGCGCUGAUGCCGCCGCUGCACAAGCUGCGCAACGCCGGCCUCAACUCGCCGCUCGCGCGCCGCCUCUUCGCGUGCGGCCAGCUGCUCGGCGCCGAGACGUUUUACUUCUUUAUCAUCCCCAUGCUCUCGUGGUCCGCCUCUCCCAACGCGCACCCUCCCAUGUUUGUCACCUUCUUCGCCGUCAACAUCUACAUUGGCAACUGGCUCAAGAACUUCUUUGCCCUUGCGCGGCCGCUCGGAGCGGCGGGCUCGGCCACUGCGCACUCCACCUCCGAUUUCGGAUGGCCGUCGAUGUACCUCGUCAACGCCGUCGCCCUCCCUUUCUUUGCGAUGCGCUAUUGGUACGGCGGCUUCGGCUCGGGCACCCCGUUCUCGGAGCAGAACCAGCUCGCCACCUUCGUCUCUUACCUGCUCGCCUUCCUGUGGGUGGCCGUCAUCGCCUUUGCGCGCCUUUUCUCGGGCGCCUCCUCGCCCGCCGACGUCCAGGGCGGCAUGCUCGUCGGCGGCGUCCUCGUGCGCGCGUGGCUACCCAUUUGCGACUCGGUCAACGACUGGAUCGUCUCGCCAAACUCGUACCUGCUUGGCCUGCCACAAUGGGCGGCCCUCGUCGUCGGAGGGGUCCUCCUCCUCCUCGUGCACCCCUUCACCGCCACCGAGCCGCGCUCCUGGUCCGCCUUCGGCUACUCCUUCAAGGCGAUUGCCUUCGGCAUCUGCUUCAUCAUCGGCGCCAACGGCGCCGCCACGCUCGGCGUCAACGACUACUUCCUCGAUCCGGCGCAGCCGGACCUCGCCCGCGCCUUCAUGCUGCGGCUCACCCUCGCCAACACAGUGCGCCUGGUCGCUCGCAACCUGCUCGGCUUCGCGACGCUGCUUGCGCUGUGGCAUAGCACCAAGUUUGUCUCGCUCCUCGUCGAGAGCCAGGUGCUCAAGCUCCUGCCCCCGACCAAGGCGCCGUUCCCCAAAAUGUUGCGGCACGUCAUCAUGUUUUCUUCCAUGGGGUUCGCGACCUCGCUUGGCCUGCCCCUCGUCUUCCGCUCCCUCGAGAUCUGAGCUUGUGCCGCGUCCCUCAUCGCGAGCAAUCGCGCCGCCGCGCUUUCUUGGGUCGUGCUCUGCUCUUGUCCCCCCAAUUGUUGGGGGGAGAGAUAUAAGAACUCAAGUUCGUGCUGUGCUGUGGUGUCUGGUCUCUCUGCCUCCCUAGAGCUCGCUCCGUUUAUAGGCAACAGCCAACUCAGCCAGAACGGCGCGCACCACUCUGAAAGUGAAACUCGCUGUCGGUCCGCGGUGAGAACAGAUGCAGAUGGAGUUGGACGGAGAGCGCGCGCGUGCUGGAGGGAGCUGGUGCUGGAGGCGCCGCCCCCCGCCGCCGGGCCCAGCGAGAACGCACACUAAAAGAGGAGGGG